CACUCACCCUCGCCUCAUCCCCUUCUCAACUCUCAUCCUCUGUCAUCAAUUCUAUCACCACUAUCUCAUGCCGUUAUCUUCUCUAUCCCCCAACAUCUGACUAGCUAUAGCUCGUUCCCCUGGACAAUGCGGGGAUACCGCUUGCUCCCCAUCCUCGCCGGUCUUGGCGCUCUCUUACCCCAGACUCUCGCCCAGGACAGCUCCGGCUACACCGAUAUCCACGAGCCAGGCCGCUGCGCCCUUCGCGGUCAUUGCGGCAAAAAGUCAAUCUUUGGCGGAGAGCUUCCUUGUCCCGACAAUGGACGCGCCAAAGAGCCCGAAGCAGCGGUGAGGCGGAAGCUGGUCGAUCUCUGUGGUAGCAAGUGGCAGGAUGGGCCCGUGUGUUGUGAGGAUGAACAGAUCAACGCGCUCUCAAAGAACCUCAAACUCGCCGAAGGCAUCAUCGCCUCAUGUCCCGCGUGCAAGGAGAACUUCUUUAACAUCUUCUGUACUUUCACCUGCUCACCCGACCAGUCGCUGUUCGUCAAUGUCACACAGAUCGAGAAGAAUGGUUCUGGAAAGAAAUUGGUUACCGAGAUAGAUAACGUCUGGUCAGAGGAAUAUCAGAGUGGAUUCUACGACAGCUGUAAGAAUGUGAAGAACGGCGCUUCGGGUGGCAAAGCCAUCGACUUCAUCGGCGGAGGUGCCAAGGACUAUCCCCAUUUCAUGAAGUUCCUGGGAGACAAGAAGCUGCUAGGAAGCCCUUUCCAGAUCAACUUCAAAACGGAACCUGCCGGUCAGGAUCCACAGGGCAUGGAAGCCUUGCCGAUCAAACCCAAAGCAUGCAAUGACCCCGACGAGGCCUUCCGCUGCUCCUGCGUCGAUUGUCCGGACGUCUGUCCCGAACUGCCUGCAGUCAAGACCGACCAUUACUGCCAUGUUGGCCUGCUACCCUGCUUGUCGUUUGCGGUAAUUCUGAUUUACUCAGCCUUUCUGUUGGCUGUCGUGGCUGCGUCGAGCUACUUCACUUACCAUGAGCGGCGCUACCGGAAGCCUGAGCGGACUAGGCUUCUGCAGGAUCCCGCCCCCAGCGACGAUGAGGAUGAAGGUGACAUUGUGCGGGCCGGUGGUUAUACUGAACAGCCCAAUGGUGUCUAUAGACUUAAUUCUGCCUUGGAUCGAAUGUUCAAUCGAAUCGGCGGGGCCUGUGCCCGGUUCCCAGCCAUCACCAUUGUCACAAGUACCUUGUUAGUCGGGGUUCUGAGCUUAGGAUGGCUACGGUUCGCCGUCGAGACCGAUCCAGUUCGGCUGUGGGUGAGCCCGACCUCGCCCGCCGCGCAGGAGAAAGCCUACUUUGAUGAGCAUUUCGGGCCUUUCUACCGCGCUGAACAAGCGUUCCUGGUCAAUGAUACUGGACCAGUGCUGAGCUACGAUACGCUCAGCUGGUGGUUUGGAGUGGAAUUGAGAAUUCACCGAACAUUGUCCCAAGAUCGAGGACUUCUUCUCGACGAUGUUUGCUUCAAGCCCACUGGCGAUGCCUGUGUGGUUCAGUCCCUGACGGGUUAUUUUGAUGGCUCAUUAUCGAAUCUAGACCCCGACACGUGGCAAGAACGGCUGCAACAUUGUACGGAGUCUCCUGGGGAUGUAAGCUGUUUGCCAGGCUUUGGGCAGCCUCUGAGACCAGAAAUGAUUCUGGGUGGGUAUGAGAGCACCGGCAAUGUGCUAGACGCAAAGGCCUUGAUCACCACAUGGGUGGUCAACAACUAUGCGCAAGGGACGGAAGAGGAGGCGAACGCGAUUGACUGGGAAGAGACUAUCCAGCAGAUUCUUCGAGUCGUGCAAGAGGAGGCUGAAGACCGCGGUCUUCGUGUGUCCUUCAACACCGAAAUCAGCGUUGAGCAAGAAUUGAACAAAUCCAGUAACACAGACGCAAAGAUUGUGGUCAUCAGCUACGUCAUCAUGUUCAUCUACGCCUCCUUGGCCCUGGGAUCGGUCACAGUGACCUGGAAGUCGCUUCUCACGAAUCCAGCUAACGCCCUGGUGCAAUCCAAAUUUACUCUAGGCAUUGUGGGUAUCAUCAUCGUCCUGAUGUCCGUCUCUGCUUCAGUUGGAUUGUUCUCCGCAGCAGGGAUCAAAGUAACACUGAUCAUUGCCGAAGUCAUUCCAUUCCUUGUACUUGCCGUUGGCGUGGACAACAUCUUCCUCAUUGUUCACGAAUUCGAAAGAAUCAAUGUCAGUCAUCCGGACGAGGAGAUCGACGAGCGAAUCGCUCGCGCCGUGGGCCGAAUUGGCCCCAGUAUUUUCCUCUCUGCUGCGACUGAGACAAUUGCCUUUGCCUUGGGUGUCUUUGUCGGCAUGCCCGCCGUUAAGAACUUCGCUGUCUAUGCGGCAGGCGCCGUCUUUUUCAAUGCUCUCUUGCAGGUCACGAUGUUCAUCUCAGUUCUAGCUCUGAACCAAAGGCGCGUCGAAAGUCUGCGUGCCGAUUGUCUCCCGUGCCUGACGGUUCGCAAAGCUCAUUCUGGAAUGUCUGAGGAUCAGGUGCUGGAUGAGCACGAUGGUGAGAGUGCAUUGCAGUCCUUUAUCCGCAAGGUCUACGCGACUUUUCUUCUUGAGCGAAAGGUCAAAGUCUCCGUGGUUAUUGGGUUUCUAGGCCUCCUGACAGCUGGUAUUGCUCUGGUUCCCGAGAUGGUACUCGGUCUAGACCAGCGCAUUGCUCUUCCAAGCGACUCCUACCUUGUCCAGUACUUCAACGACCUGGAUGCCUACUUCGGUAGCGGCCCGCCCGUGUACUUUGUGACAAGAAAUGUCAAUGUGACUGAGCGUCGUCAUCAACAACAGCUGUGCGGGCGCUUCACGACCUGUGAAGAGUUCUCUUUGCCAUUUGUCCUGGAACAAGAAUCCAAGCGUCCCAAUGUUUCCUACAUUUCUGGGUCAACUGCAAGCUGGAUUGACGACUUUUUCUAUUGGUUGAACCCACAAGAUGACUGCUGCCAGGAGGAUGGAGAAGUUUGUUUUGAGAACAGAAGCCCCGCAUGGAACAUCUCUCUCUAUGGCAUGCCUACCGGGCAGGAGUUCAUGCACUAUGCUGAGAAAUGGCUUCAAGCUCCCACAGACGCGUCUUGCCCUCUUGGAGGCAAAGCUCCGUACAGCAAUGCGCUAGUCCUCGAUUCGAAACGAGUCAUGACCAAUGCCACCCACUUCAGAACGACCCACACCCCUCUGCGAAGCCAAGAUGACUUCAUCAAGUCCUACAUCUCAGCCCGUCGCAUCGCUGACGGGCUCUCCAAGGAGCAUGAUAUUGACGUUUUCCCCUAUUCCAAGACCUAUAUCUACUUCGAUCAGUAUGUGUCUAUCACCCGGCUCACUGGUACCUUGCUUGGAUGCGCGAUCGCGAUCAUCUUCAUUCUCACUUCUACCCUCCUCGGCUCUGUGGCGACCGGAGCAGUGGUCACGACGACUGUGGUCAUGAUAAUGAUUGACAUCAUCGGGGCGAUGGCGGUCGCUGGCGUUUCCCUUAACGCCGUCUCCUUGGUGAAUCUGAUCAUCUGCGUGGGCAUUGCGGUCGAGUUCUGUGCACACAUUGCUCGUGCUUUCAUGUUCCCGUCACGGGCUAUCUUGGAGAAGGUACCGACCAAGUUCCGAGGCAAGGAUGCGCGGGCAUGGGCAGCUCUGGUCAACGUAGGCGGAAGUGUUUUCAGUGGAAUCACGGUAACCAAGCUCUUGGGUGUCUGCGUAUUGGCAUUUACCCGGAGCAAGAUCUUCGAGAUCUACUAUUUCCGAGUUUGGCUGGCACUGGUCAUCUUUGCGGCCACCCACGCUUUGGUUUUCCUGCCGGUAGCUCUGAGCUACUUUGGUGGAGAAGGAUAUGCUGAUCCCGGAGCCGAUGGCGGUCUCGAGGAGAACCUCGCUGCACGGGGCUACCGGUCUCUGCUGGUCGACGACGAGUACGAUUCUGAUGAAUACUAGAUGUGGCGCGGACACGGCGAGAUACUGGGUACUCACGUGGUAUUGUGGAUGGUAUUAUGAAUGGUUCCUGGUGUUAUCUUACGCAUGAAACGAUAUAUUGUAACUCAUGUUAUGCUUAGUGGGUCUGAGAUUUGUUUUGAUUCUUCGUUCUUUCAUCCUCAUCAUUUGGCGAAGCCUGAAAACACAGCCUGUCCUUCCCUGACAAUCCACACACGUUUGGGAAACUGAUCUCGGCUUGGUGCAGUAAACACAAUUACCCCGAGGGUACCGGGUACCCGUCA